UUCUAAUACUCUCCUCGAAGCCGCCUUAUGUCGCCCCUAACUGACGAAGAACGCCAACUCUACGAGUACUUGAACACCGCAGAGUCUAACCAGCAGCAUCUCUUUGCUGGAGUAAAUGAUGUGGAAAACAACGAAGGUGCUCGGAAGCUCCUAAAUCAGUUGGUGGCUGCAGACCACACGACUGCAGGAGGCCUUAAGGACUAUAUCCAGCGUGGACAGAGGUUGUUGAAAGAGUCCAGCGAGGGAGUAAAUCCCUUCGAAGGCUGCAAGGUGGAGAUUCCCCAAGGAGAGAAGCUCGAAGCUGGGACUCAGCAGUUCUCUGAGAUGGAGCAGGCCGGUAUGGACUCUCUCAAGGGUCUCUGUUUUUGCCUUGUUGCUGGUGGCUUGGGCGAGAGGCUCGGAUUCCCCGGAAUCAAGGUGGCGCUACCUGUUGAGACGCUAACCAACAUGUGCUACUUGGAGUGGUUCUGCAGAAACAUCCUCGAGAUGCAGCGAGUCGCCCGCGAGAGGUCUGGUGACGAGACACUUACUCUACCACUCGCCAUUAUGUGCUCAGCAGACACCUACCAAGGCACCACCGACUUGCUGGAGAAACACGACAACUUUGGUAUGGUUGAUGGCCAGAUCACGCUUAUGCUACAAGACAAGGUGCCUGGUUUCAUCAACUCGAGUGGCAAGAUCGGCGUUAAGAAGGAAGAUCGUUGGACGGCCGAGAUGAAGCCUCAUGGCCAUGGAGACGUCCAUACUCUUCUGUUGAAGACAGGCCUCGCCCAGAAGUGGGUUGAGGAAGGCCGCACUCAUAUUGUUUUCUUCCAGGACACCAACGCCCUGUCCAUGCGUGCUAUGUGCGCCCUUCUGGGAGUCUCGAGGACCAAUAAGUUCGAUAUGAACAGUCUCUGCGUUCCCCGUGUGCCCGGUGAGGCUGCCGGUGCUCUGUGUAACCUCUCAUAUCCAGAUGGUCGCCAGCUCACCUGCAAUGUCGAAUACAACCAACUUGGUCCCCUACUCCAAGACCAGGGUGGUGACGUGGCAGGUCCCGACGGACUUUCACCGUACCCCGGUAACAUCAACUGUAUCAUGUUCGGUCUGUCUGCAUAUUAUAAGACCUUGGAAGAAUCUAAAGGAGUCGUCCCAGAGUUCGUGAAUCCUAAAUACCAGCCGGGCAGUAGGACUGACUUCAAGUCGGCCACUCGUUUGGAAUGUAUGAUGCAGGAUUACGCUAGGCUCAUGCACAAUUGCUCCGUUGGCUUCACUAUGAUGGAGCGUUGGCUGUGCUUCUCCUGUGUGAAGAACGCCACUGCUGAUGCUGUUAAGAAGCUGCAGAGUGGUCUUCCGGCCGACUCGGCCUUCUCUGGGGAGGUCGAGUUCUGGGAACACAAUACGAAGAUGCUUCAGACAGCUGCUAGAGUCAAUGGGCAAUCGUUCUCGAUGAGUGAGCCCGUCAACAUGGAGUUCCUCGGUCUUGCCCAGAAGGUCGGCCCACGUGUGGUUUUAGAGCCUGAGGUCGGCUGUUGCCUUGAAGAGAUAAAGAAGAUCGUUCAUGGUCCCAUCGCCCUUAGCAGCGCUGAGUGCAGUCUCAUUGUUGAAGGGCCCUGCAGCAUCAAGAGACUUCAGCUCACCAGUGGCGCUGUUGUUGUCCAUCGCGAUGCUGAAGUUGAUUGCGAUGUCCCCAUCAAUAACAAGGGAUGGAAGUUCCAAGCUAUCAAGGAAGGCGAAGAGGUUGAUGCCGCUACGGCCAUCCGCGGAUUCUCCGUUGAUAGAGUGGAAGAGAAAGACUUCUAAGAUGUUUAAUUUUUCGUGUACUCGGUACCCUAACAUUUAUCUGUACUCUUGGGAAUAAAUUUAUGCUAAACUAA